UAUGUAACUUUUAGUUGAGUGUUUAUUUUAAAUACUUGCAGUGACAAUGGAUAAAGGAGGCAAGAGAUAUUUUAAUAAGAACCAGAGCGGAAACUGGUUCGUUCACGCUGGUUUGUCUCGGACUGGAUGUGGACAGUCACGUGAUCUGUGUACGAGCACAGGUUCAAUGUUGACACAUGGAGUUCCUCAACCCCUGACUCAAACACAGGAUCGAUAUCCCAAAUUAUUCAUCAAUCCUGAAAAGAAAACAAUGGGUAGAGAAUAUCCAUUGUCAGCGCAUGAUAACCGCACAGCACUGCAAAACACUAUACAUGUGUAUGAUCGGGGUUUAGGCCGUAAGAAAUGUCUUGAAGAGCAUCGCCAGCAUAACACUCAUUACUGCCUGUGCCAUCAUUAUGACACCUUGAGUACGGUUAGUGCAGCGCAGUGGGAGAACUCAGCUUAUCGGACCGACUUCCUGCCCAAACAGGAAACAGAGGGCAGAAAGGACCCAAUCAGAAGGCGCUUUCCCAGAGAUCACUCGGCGAGGUCUCAGAUGAACGCUACGGCUCAGGCCGGGGAGAGUUUCAUGUGGUUUGGAAGGGACGACUCUAACCAGUACACUCCUCUAAGUGUACUUGCAGCCACCAACCUCUCCUUAACUCCCUAAAUAAGACAAUCAGAGAAGAUCUGACUGUUUAUGACACUAAACAUGAUGCUCUGGGGGAAUUUCUGAGAGGCUGCUCACUGCAGAGCCAUGGGUGGAGCGUGAAGUCCAGCUCCCCCUCUCUAGAUGUAAUUUAGGAGCUAGAUGGCCAACCACACCACAACCUUACCCAUAACUCUUUCCCUCCACCCAUUAGAUCCACAGAGGUGGAGCUGGACGUCUUUGUCUCUGCAGUGAGCAGCA